UAGAAACACGCCAGCCAGCUCGAAAGCGUGGUUCGGUUUAAACUAGGGCUUUGGCCUCCUGACCCCAAUCAAGCCCCGCCCCUUCCUGGUUGUCUUAGCGACGGCGGUGGCGUCCCAAGAUGGCGUCGUGGUUGCCGGAGACACUGUUCGAAAUCGUAGGACAAGGCCCGGCGCCGAGCAAAGACUAUUAUCAAUUAUUGGUCACCCGCUCUCAGGACUGGGGAUUGAACUUGGGUCUUCAAAAUUGCAAGUGCUCUAUUACUGGUCUUCACCCCCAGGCCUUUCUUAAAAUUUUGGUCUUCAGGCAGGGUCUUGCUGAAUUGCCCUGGCUGGUCUCCAGCUUGCUAUCCUGCUGCCUCAGCCUCUGGAGUAGUUGGAAUUGGGUAAUCUUUAGAUGGUGGAAGAUAUCUCUGAGGAGUGAGUAUCGAUCAUCAAAACCUGGAGAAAUAAAAGAAACUCAUGAAGACUUCCUAGAGAAUUCACACCUUCAAGUUCAAAUUGCCUUAAUAUUUGGUGCAAGGAUAUUAGACUAUGUCUUCAAUUUGUGUGAAGGUAAAUUUGAUUUCCUCGAACGGCUCUCAGACGGUUUGCUCCUGAGUAUCAUUUCUUAUCUGGAUCUUGAAGAUGUUGCCAGGCUUUCUCAAACAUGCCGCAGAUUUGCAAAGCUGUGCACAUCUGACAUGCUGUGGGAGCAGAUAGUGCGAUCCUCCUGUGACACCAUCACUUCCGAAAUGAGGGCCCUGGCACAGGACAUAGGCUGGAGACAGAUGUUCUUCACCAACAAGUUCCAGCUGCAGCGGCAGCUCCGCAAGAGGAAGCAAAUACAGGACAGCCGCAGAGAGAAGAAGCUACUUUAGGGACACCCUCUGCUAUGGCAGGAAGCUCUGAGGUUCCUCUGUGCUUCUCUUCAGGCCCAAAUCUCCUUCUCUUAGGAACAACAUUUUACUGAUCCCAGGGGUCUUUCGGAAAGAAUAGAGGAUUUGUGCACAAAUGCAGAACCCGGCCCCCCAGUGCCUUGCUGGAACCACCUUCUGUUCACUGAGGGCCAGAUUUUGGCCCUAGAACAAGGAAGGCAAGACGAGGAAGCCUCGCAGGUCGCUGCCUUCCCAACCCCUGACCUGCUCAGAAUAGGCUCUUCUGCUGUACAACAACAGACAAUAAAAGAUUAU